GGAAGGUAAAACCUUCUCGCUGGUCUCUCCGCCUGCUAGCGUUAGCUUGCUAAAUAGCUAGCUAGCGAGCUAAGCGGUAAGAGAUCCCAGGCUGCCGUUGCUGUGCAUUCGGUUGUUCGGGAUUAAGGAGUUGCCCACCAGUGGUCAGGAUAAUGGCUGUAGCAGGAAUCUGAACUCUUGACAAUGAUACUCUUACAGAUAUCCACCAGACAUCAAAUCCAUCAGUGACCCGUCUCUCGCCUCACUGUUCUUUGACUCUGGGUUGCCACGCCUGAUGCCACCCUUCAACAUGGGGAGUGAUCACUGUGUCACUGAAGGCUGACCAGAAGGAAUGAGGAACUCCAGGAGAUGUUCCAAAGAGGCCUUGUGGAUGCAGUAGCUGGGUUUUGGAGUGCUUUUUUAUGACAAGUAUUGUAUGUGCGUCUGCAGGCAUAUACUAGCACAACCUGCCUAUUCCUCAGGCAGGGACAUGCUACUCUGAGACUGGAGCUGGAGAAACUCAAGAUUGGAGUCCCUCCGGUGAACGAGGAACGCAUAGUAAAAAGGAAGCACUCACCAGAAGAGCUCUUGGAUUGGACCACAGGGCGCUUUUAAGUCUCUUCUGAACCAUUGCCCAUUUUAACAGCACCAACAACACCUUCCAUCUGUCCUGUGAGAUUUUCAUCUCCCUACCCCUCCCUAAAGAGUUAUUGGAGUUUCUAUGGUUUGCAUGGCUGGAGAAUAACCGUGGAGAGGCCAGGGUAUCACAAGCUUAUGGACUUUGAUAAGAGAGGGGGCAAGGGAGAGACAGAGGAAGGCAAAAAGAUGUCUAAGACGGCAGGCAGCAGGACUGGACAUGGGGGCCGGAGUUCGGGGGCCAAUUCUGGAGUUCUUAUGGUUGGGCCAAACUUCCGUGUGGGUAAAAAAAUUGGCUGCGGGAACUUUGGAGAGCUCCGGUUGGGAAAAAAUCUCUAUACUAACGAAUAUGUGGCCAUCAAAUUGGAACCUAUAAAGUCCAGAGCACCGCAGCUCCAUUUGGAAUAUAGAUUUUACAAACAGUUGGGGACCUCAGAGGGAAUCCCUCAGGUGUACUACUUUGGUCCGUGCGGGAAGUACAACGCCAUGGUGCUGGAGCUGCUGGGGCCCAGUCUAGAGGAUCUCUUUGACCUGUGUGAUCGCACCUUUUCCCUCAAGACCGUCCUCAUGAUAGCCAUACAGCUGAUAACACGGAUGGAGUAUGUCCACAACAAGAGCCUGAUAUACAGAGAUGUGAAGCCAGAAAACUUCCUGGUCGGGCGGCCGGGAAGCAAGAGGCAGCACACAAUCCACAUCAUUGACUUUGGUCUGGCCAAAGAGUACAUAGACCCCGAGACCAAAAAACACAUCCCCUACCGGGAGCACAAGAGUCUGACUGGGACGGCCCGCUACAUGAGCAUCAACACACACCUGGGAAAGGAGCAAAGCAGAAGGGAUGACCUGGAGGCACUGGGUCACAUGUUCAUGUACUUUCUCCGAGGUAGCCUCCCCUGGCAGGGCCUAAAGGCAGAUACUUUGAAAGAGAGGUAUCAGAAAAUUGGAGACACCAAACGAGCGACGCCCAUUGAAGUGCUUUGUGAAAGCUUCCCAGAAGAGAUGGCAACCUAUUUGCGCUAUGUGAGGAGGCUGGACUUCUUUGAGAAACCUGACUAUGACUACCUGAGGAAACUCUUCACCGAUCUCUUUGACAGGAACAGCUAUGUCUUCGACUACGAAUAUGACUGGGUUGGCAAGUCACUUCCGACACCGAUAGGCCCCAUCCCCAGUGACACGCCCCUGCCACCCAGCAGUAGAGACAAGGCACAACAGCAGACCAAAAACCAGUCGCCUGAGCCCAAAGGAAGUGAGUCUCAGCCCACUCCAGUGACCAAUAAGGAGACUCUGGGGUCGCACCUCACAGCUGAGCGGCUGGGGGGCUCUGUUCAGGUGAUGAGCUCAACGAACGGCGAGCUGAACACUGAUGAUCCCACAGCCGGACACUCCAACGCUCCCAUCACCGCUCCCACCGAGGUCGAAGUGGCUGACGAAACCAAGUGCUGUUGUUUCUUCAAACGGAGAAAGAGGAAAGCCCUCCAGAGGCACAAGUGAUAGAAGAGAGUGGAGAGAACUUGAAACAUUGUCGAGUUUUAAACGGAAGCAACUACACAGACCCACUGUCCCUUAUCUCUUUCCAGUUUCCCCCUCACCUCUUUAUCCCUCCUCUAAUUCCCACUGUCACUCUGUACCUCACCCCCCUCGCGCUCUCUUUCUCGCUCCCAGUGCUCCCCGGCCACUGGCGAGUGAAAGGAAUGUUGCAGUUCUACUGACUCCACAACAGACUCUUGAUUCCUUUAUCAACGAAAAAUAAACGUAUCUGCAUUACAACGGGGUGGAGUGGGGAAAAAGUUAAAAAAAGCUGUAACAAUGAAACUCGAAUCAGGUGGCGUGAAUAGGAAAAAAAGAUACUGGUUGAGACGCCGCGUAUUCUAGAUUCCACGUGUCAGCUGUUGAUCAGGGGGAACCAUUGGAGUGGUUCAAGUGAAAGAAACUUGCUCUGUAGGAUUUAUUUUCCUUUUUUUGUCGUUUUCUUUCUUUGGUGUGUGUUUUUGGGAUCAAGGUAAACUGAUGCUGAUGUGAAAUUUGAGUGACACAGGAAGCAAUUUAUCUAUAAAACAGAAUUUGGAGGAUUUUUAUGUUGUUUUUUUUGUAAUUGAAUCCUCAGUUUUUGAAAUCAACGCCCUGCAUUGAAAAUGUAUUUUUAUGUUUUAGCGUUCUGGAAUUAUUCUGCUCACUCUGGCUUUCUUUUUGUUUGUCAAUGUGGAAUUUGUAGCACAGUCACUGGCCUCAGGUACUGUGGAAGAUUGGGAGAAAUUAAGCUCUCUUGUUAUUAUUAUUAUUGCACUUUUGGAGAAAAAAAAUAGAGAAAACAAUAACAUUGGAAAACAUUAGGUGUGAAAUUAAGGAAAUAACUUAAUAAAGACUGACUUGGGAAGAGUCCUUCACAACGCUUAUAUGUGAGUUAUGGCCAAAAAAUGCUGUCAAUUUACGUAAAGAAAAACAAGACACGUCUUUUCAUUUUUACUUUGCAUAUCAAAAUAAUUUACCAGGAAAUCAUAAUUCGUGCCUUUUCUAAGUACAAGUUUUAAAGCUCAAGUGGCAUUUUAUCUAAUCUGUCCCAAAUACCCACUGGAUUAUUCUGUCUGUCUGUCUGUCUGUCUCUGUGUGUGUGUGUGUGUGUGUGUGUGUGUGUGUGUGUGUGUGUGUGUGUGUGUAAGGGAAUGUGUUUAAUGAAUGUUCACAUCACACAUGAGCAGUGUACAUCCCUUCCCUUCAUCUGCUGUGACAAUCAACACACAUGUACAGAGGUGUUGUUUGGUUUGGAGAGGUGUGUGUGUGUGUGUGUGUGUGUGUCUGUGUGGCGGAGGUGGUAUCACAGACAACCCAGUGACGCUCAAUGAGGUUUACUUUCCAUGAGGUACAUCAUGUCUAUGGAGGUAACGGGCUGCAGGAGCCCUCCAAAAUGUCAGUGUACUCACCUGGAAAACCUGUUUGCCCCUUUUUUACUUCCUCGCUGCUGCUAACAACUGUAGUUUCAUGUAGGGCUGCAACUAAUGAUCAAUUAAUCUGUGUACUAUUUUCUUGAAUAACCAUUUGGCCUUGAAAACUGCAAAGAACUGACCAUGUCACCCUGGGCCCCACGUAGUUAUACGUCUUGUGUUCUCCAAAUAACUGUCCAAACACUAAAAUAUUAAAUGAAUUAUAAUGUGAGACAGUUCACAUUUUGAAAGCUCAGAACCAUCAAUGUUUCUCAUUUUUACUUAAAAAAAUGAGAAAUAAUGAAUUGAUUUAUGGAAUAGCUGCUGAUUAAUAAUCUUGAUUGACUAUAAUCGUUGCAGCUGUAGUUUAAUUCUUCUCUUUGAUUGUUUGUUUUAUGUGUGCUCAUUGUUUCCUGGCCAAGAUGAAAGAUGUAUGUGUGGCUUGAUGCUCUGUUUGUGUUCAAAUUUCUCCAAACGUUUUAAGCUCAUCAAAGAUAACAACUUGUAUGGCCCUCCGUUAUUUAAAGGAGCACCGCGGCCACACUUCCCGUUACGCUUGCUUUAAGUGGCUGACUCACAAGGGGCAUUAAAAUAAAAAAGUGGUCUAAAUUGAAGCAGCAGUAUUCAAGGUAUCGACUCUGUUUCCAAUUCCACUAACUACUGGAUUCUACAUUUCCCAUAAUGCAAAUGGGGUGUCUUCCCUUGGUUAUUUCCUGCCUCCAAAAUCCACCUUCCUUUAAACGCCACUUUCCCAGUUUGUAAUGCAGGCGUCCCGCUAGAAGUUGUGCGCAUGCCCAGAAGGAUCACAUCUUCAGUUGGGCUUAUUGAAGAACACAGAACUAAACGUCAUGUGUGAAAGCAGUGUAGUUUCCCAUUAAAGAAACACCACUUGAGCUUCAUUAUUAUGAUCCCUUCUAGUCUGACUUUAGAUCACUGACUGAGCAGCAAACAUCACCACUGUGUGAUGAGAAUGAUGAACACGACCACACAACGUGUGUCAAAAAUUAAAAGGUUUGGUCGUUUUUUUGCAAAAAUAUUACAAAAGGGCAAUUAAAUAAUACAUUGCAAAUGUUUAAAUCCAAAUUGAUGGAUUGAAUACAAAUACAUCAGAGGCCAGUGGAGAUGCUAUUUUUAAUUUCAGAUUCAACGUCUGCAUGGGGGAGCAAGGGAGGCGACCCGAAUGAUUUCAGGGUAUGAAGGAGAGAUGGAUAUUUGUCUUUGUCAAAGCUUAAGUUGGACAAAUCUAAUGGGUUCUUGCUUGAGUCGCACAUCGUGUGAGGAACCAGCCGUGUGUGGGAACUGUAGGCCUGUUGUAACUUGUGCGUUUCAAAGCCUCCAAGCAUCGAAUUGAUACCGCACCGUAGGCGUGUACAUUGCAUCGCUGUAUAACUCUACAAAACGAAUGCAGUUGCUCGGAGGACGACGCAGUCCGGUGUUACUCCACAUGACGCUGAUAGCUCAGAAAAUGCUUUUGUUGGCGCAUUAAAUUAUUCUCUGAAAGCUAAACCGGCUCAGCUGACCCCAGCUUGGCAUAAUCCAUUACACUGCGUUUAUUAAAUGAUUUGAUAAUUGAGAUUUUUCUUCUUUUUGUUUUUUUUUUCUUUGGAGAUGCUCAGACCAAGGUUGAACUGUGUUUUUGCUCAACGUCUGUUAGUGUAUCUAUUUGCAUUAUGUAUUUGUAAAUAUGACAACGACAGAUCUCUAAUUGUGAAUAAAGGAAGUUUUAUCACAGGA